UAUCACUACUACUACUACUACUACUACUCGCAGCAGCGCCUCAUCAUCUGUCACCAUGACUGGCCGCGGCAAGGGAGGCAAGGGACUUGGAAAGGGAGGAGCCAAGCGUCACCGUAAGGUUUUGCGUGACAACAUCCAGGGCAUCACCAAGCCCGCUAUCCGUCGGUUGGCUCGCCGAGGCGGCGUCAAGCGCAUCUCCGGUCUCAUCUACGAGGAGACUCGUGGGGUGCUAAAGGUGUUCCUCGAGAACGUCAUCAGGGAUGCCGUCACCUACACCGAGCACGCCAAGCGCAAGACCGUCACUGCCAUGGACGUCGUCUACGCCCUCAAGCGUCAGGGACGAAGGGCUGCAGCGUCGAUUAACUUACUUCCUUACUUACUCACCAUGGCACGUACUAAGCAAACGGCCCGCAAGUCCACCGGUGGCAAGGCGCCCCGCAAGCAGCUUGCCACGAAGGCAGCUCGCAAAUCUGCUCCUGCCACUGGAGGUGUCAAGAAGCCCCACCGUUACAGGCCAGGAACCGUGGCCCUCCGUGAGAUCCGCCGUUAUCAGAAGAGCACCGAACUGCUUAUCAGGAAGCUGCCUUUCCAGCGCUUGGUGCGUGAAAUUGCCCAGGAUUUCAAGACUGACCUCCGCUUCCAGUCCUCCGCUGUCAUGGCCCUCCAGGAAGCUUCCGAGGCUUAUCUCGUGGGUCUCUUUGAAGACACUAACCUGUGCGCCAUCCACGCCAAGCGUGUCACUAUCAUGCCCAAGGACAUCCAGCUGGCUCGUCGAAUCCGUGGCGAGCGUGCCUAAUAAGUGUGUCAUCCAAGGCAAGCAAGCAACAACAAACAAUAUCUAGGCCCUCUUCA